CUUUUAACAUAAUACUACCUAAGACGACAACACUGACGACGACGACGACUUUAGACGAAAUAUACCGAGUACCUGAACUUUCUCGCCUUUAUCAAGUCCUGGAUAGUAUCUGUGAACCGUAACCCUCUUUCAGCCUGACCCCACUACCCGACACUGAGUCGAGACUUGCUACGCUAUUUUCCUGCUUCAACAACAUCAGACGAGACCGACUCUACAAGAGGAACAGGACGGGUGCUCCUUAUCCUCAUCUACUUUAAUCUUUUCCCCUAUCAAUCUUAGCGACCAGCAACCGUAGACAUGUGGGGUUGGUUCGGUGGCGCCGCGGCCCAGAAGCGCAAGGAUACCCCCAAGAAUGCGAUCCUCGGUCUGCGAGCGCAGCUCGACAUGCUGCAGAAGCGCGAGAGACAUCUACAGAACCAGAUCGAUGAGCAAGAUGGCAUCGCACGCAAGAACGUGAGCACAAACAAGAACGCGGCCAAGGCGGCCUUGAGGCGCAAGAAGACACACGAGCACUCGCUCGACCAAACCGUUUCGCAAAUUGGUACUUUGGAGCAGCAGAUCAACGCUAUCGAGUCAGCCAACAUCAACAAGGAGACCCUGGCAGCCAUGAGCGACGCCAACGCGGCAAUGAAGCAUAUCCACAAGGGUCUCACAGCGGAUAAGGUGGACGCGAUUAUGGACGAGCUGCGAGAACAAAACGCCAUGAGCGACGAGAUUGUCAACGCCAUUACCCAAACCCCAAUGGGCGACGCUAUCGAUGAUGACGAGUUGGAGAACGAGUUGGACGAGCUACAACAGGAGCAGCUUGAUGAGCAGAUGCUCAAGACAGGCACUGUCCCUGUGUCGGAUGCCGUACACAAGCUGCCUACGCCGGCUUCUGCGGAGCCUGUAUCGAGCAAGAAGCAGGCCGUGGAGGAGGACGACGAGGAAGCCGAGCUUCGGAAACUACAGGCCGAGAUGGCUAUGUGAGGUUACCAUUAGAGGAACUUGAUGAUUGCAUAGCAUUUAGUUGGUUGGAACCAAGGGUGAAACUACACUAUCAGUGGCGUCUCUUGUCUCAGACAAGAGACAGCUGCUCAGUGGUAUUCUGAGUUUCCCGUGCCCUGACGGAUUUGUUGUUCUAUUGUGGGUGUUAUGUCGGCGUCGGCGUCUGCGGCUGUUGUUGACUCUUUUCGUUUAAGAAACCAUUUCCAUCUUUUGCCUAGGAAUAUGGCUUUGGCAUUGCGCUGUUGACCUUGCGAGGGACAUUGUUCAUGAUCAUACGGUCGAGACAUAUGCACCUGAUCAGGAACUUUGUCUAUGUCGCGGUCGACAAGCCUGGUUUAAGGGAGAGUUUAGAUCUUCAGUGCGAAUAUAUCCAGUAAAGUUU